AUGGUUUUCCUUUAUUGCUUAGAGGUGAAGUACCUGCACAAUCAGGGCAUCGUCUGGCCUCAGGUUCUCAGCAGCAUCCUGGCAAAUGGCAUCAAUGUGUUGGCUAACUAUAUCUUCGUCUCCGUUUUGGAUAUGGGAGUGCCGGGCUCUGCUUUGGCCAACACCAUUUCCCAGUUCAUCCAGGCUAUUGUCCUCUUCCUGUAUAUCAUGGUGAGAAAACUCUACCGGGAAACGUGGGAAGGUUGGUCCCUCCAGUGUCUCCAGGACUGGGAAGCCUUCUUGUCUCUGGCUAUCCCGGGCAUGCUUAUGAUAUGUAUCGAAUGGUGGGCCUAUGAGAUUGGAAGCUUCCUCAUAGGUUUGCUAAGUGUGGCGGAACUGUCUGCCCAGUCCAUAAUUUAUGAGGUGUCAACUAUUGCGUACAUGGUGAGUGCAAAUCUCCCGUCCCUUCUGGCCUUGGAAGCAAGAGGCAAGAGAGCUAAAGAACCACUUUCCCCCCUUUUCCUCAUAAACUUUCCUAGUCUGGCUCCUAUUGACUGUCCUUGGAGACCUUUGACCAGGGGACUUAGAGCUGAGAAAUUCUUACAGACUAUCUGAUCCAAACCCAUAAAGGCUUGAAAAGGGCUAAGAACCUUCCUUCCUUCCUUCCUUCCU